AUGCCAUUGGAAGACCAAUUGGUACACCAGCUAUCAGAGCAUUUGCGUACACACUCAGAUGACUUCACCGCGAUUACCUCAUUCAACGAGUCUAUCUCCCACACGCCAUACCAGUUUGACUUUAUCGUUGAAAACGAACGUGGCAUCAAACUCUUUGGGAUCCCAUUAUUCUCCCACAAAUCAUUAUGGCCCAUAAUCGACCCUUCACACUACCAGACCAUCACCAACCACCACCUAUCCAUCCCCAUAUCCCUCGAAAACUACCCACUACCUGAUUUUAACUGGGAAUGGGUGUGGUCCCACUGGUACGUGUUCAUGUACAACGACAUCGACCCGCACGGGUGGAUGUACUCAACGGUGUUUUUCCAGUGCAAAAAAUGGAAGGGGAAAUACUAUUUUGGCAACACCGUCAGACAAAGAGUUUGGUUAAGACUAAGAAGGAAAUGCUAUCCCUAG